AUGCGCAGACACGGUUUGAGACUUGUGGGGCGACCAGCCACCUCCCGCACCGGCACCCUGGGUGGUGCGGGGUGUUGGCCGACGCUCGUGUCAUCGCCGAGCGUCGGGAGCGGGCGGGUGAGCCAGCCGCACCACCUGCUCUACUCGUCCGCGUCGCGCCCCGUCGGUUCGCCCUUCUCAUCUUUCCUCAAAGAGGCCCAACAGCAGGCUGCCGCCGCCGCUGCCGCCACCCCCGCCCCCUCUCUGGCACCCUCCGCGGCCACUGCGGAGGAGAACAGCAGCGAGUCCCUUCCCAACUCGCCCUCGUCCCCUUCCAGUGCCCCAGUCGCCCCCGGUGUGAUGCUGGUGGAGGAGAGCAUGAUCCCCGAGUACGACCUCAUCGUCAUCGGCAGCGGGCCGGCCGGACAAAAGGCCGCCAUUCAGAGCUCGAAACUGGGCAAGCGCGUGGCGCUGGUGGACGACGGAGCGUGGCUGGGCGGGAUCUGCCUCAACACCGGCACCAUCCCCUCCAAGACCCUCCGCGAAGCCAUUCUGUACCUGAGCGGAUUCAAGCAGCGGUUCUUCUACGGCAAGAGCUACACGGCCAAGGAGAACUGGAACUUCUCCGACCUCACCUACCGCGUGCAGAGCGUGAUCAAGCGCGAGAAGGAGGUGAUCAUGAACCAGAUCACCCGCAACCACGUCACCCAUGUGCGAGGCCGUGGCUCGUUCUGGGACGCCAACACGAUCCUCGUCAGCGAUUCGCAUGGAACGAAGGGAAAGCUGAGAGGCAAGCACAUCCUGGUGGCGUGCGGUACCCGGCCGGCCCACGACCCGAACAUCCCCUGCGACGGCAAGUACAUCUUCGACGCCGACCAGAUCCUCAACCUCUCCGAGAUGCCCCGCAACCUGAUCGUGGUCGGGGCCGGCGUGGUGGGCAUCGAGUACGCCGCUAUGCUGGGCUCCCUGGCCAACACGCAGGUGACGGUGAUCGAUCAGAGGCCCGAGCUGCUGGAGUUUGUGGACCGCGAGAUCGUCGACAACCUGGUCUUCCACAUGCGUGAGGCGCGAGGCAAGUUCAGGCUGGGUGAAAAGGUGAAAAACGUGAAGGUCGACGAGGCGCGCAAGCGCGUUAUUGCCGAGCUGGAGAGCGGGAAGCGCGUGAUCGGCGACUCGCUCCUGUACGCCGUGGGGCGGCAGUGCAACUCUGACUCGCUUAACCUCGCCGCCGCCGGCCUCACCGCCGACGCUCGAGGGCGCCUGAGGGUGAACGAGCACUACCAAACGGCGGUGCCGCACAUCUACGCCGCCGGCGACGUGAUCGGCUUCCCGUCCCUCGCGUCGUCGUCGAUGCUGCAGGGCCGCUUGGCCGUGUGCCACAUGUGGGGCCAACAGUGCGCCCGCGUGCAGCCCAGCCUCAUCCCCUACGGCAUCUACUCCAUUCCUGAGAUCAGCAUGGUGGGGCAGACCGAGCACGAGCUGACCAAGAACAACAUCCCCUACGAGUACGGCAUCGCGCGCUACUCGGAGAUCGCCAAGGGCAUGAUGAUCGGCGACGAGACCGGCGGCAUGCUCAAGAUUCUCUUCCACCAGGAGACCCGCAAGGUGUUGGGCGUGCACGCCAUCGGAGAGAGCGCAACGGAGAUCAUCCACAUCGGACAGGCCGCGCUGGCGAUGGGGGCGACGAUCGACUACUUCACCAACAACGUCUUCAACUUCCCCACCUUCGCCGAGGCCUACCAGGUUGCCGCGCUCGACGGCUACAACAAGAUCAUGGCCUAA